AUGACCGCAGAGGCUGAUGGGCUAGCUGGCUGGCUUGCUGGAACACUGGCUGGCUGGCCGGAAUGGUGGCUGGCUCGCUGGAAUGCUGCCUGGCUGGCCGGAACUCUAGCUGAAUGGCCAGAACGCUGGCUAGCUGGCCAGAACACUGGCUGCCUGGAAGAAAUGCUGGCUGGCUGGCAUGAACACUGCCUGGUGGGAACGCUGCCUGGCUGGCCUAAACAUGGGAUGGCUGGCUGGAAUGCUCGCUGGCUGGAAGGAACACUGGCUGGCUGCCCAGAACGCUGGAUGGUGGGGACGCUAGCUGGCUGGUCGGAAAGCUGUCUGGCUGGCCAGAACGCUGGUUGGGGCUGGCUGAAACGCUGGCAGGCUGGCCAGAACACUAACUGGCUGGUGGGAAUACGGGCUGGCUGGUCAGAAUGCUGGCUGGCUGGCCAGAACGCUGGCUGGCUGGCUGGAUUGCUGGCUGGUGGGAACGCUGGCUGGCUGGUCGGAAUGCUGGCUGGCUGGCCGCAAAACAGGCUGUCGAGAACGCUGGCUGGUUGGCCUAAACAAAGACUGGCUGCCCUUACCACUGGUUGGCUGGACGGAACACUUCGUGGCUGGCCGGAACGCUGGUAG